CUAGCAUACGACGAAACUACCGGCAAUUUAUCUGCCUUCAACAAUUAUUUAAGCCUAUCCUGUGGCACGUCUGCUAGCACAAGCCCUUGCAAGACACUUUCUGUGCUUCCAUAAAUCUCAAACACACGAGAGAAAUCCAAAGGGCAAUAGCCACCUACUCUUAGCACCGGCAUUUUGACAGCGGUCCGGAAGACGCGAUGCAUCAAUGCAAGCUAGGUCUACCUGUUGCCUGUGUUGUCAUGGUUCUACUCCAACUUGUGACGUCGGAGUCGUCUUUGUUUGGACGCUUGCGUAGAGAUAACGAAGUAAACGAGGGUGGGAUGAAACAUGAUGGCAUGUGUCCCGACCCGGGCAACAGAUACGCGAGUUUAACAUGCCCGGAUGGUUGUCGAAUUGAACUUGCUGAUUACGACUGUGGGAUUUAUGAAAAAUGCUGCCCUACCCUUUGUAGCGACUCAAGCUUCGCGUGCAUGGAAACAGAAACAAAUGGAGACUUUGCUUCGAUGGGGUUCCGUUGAAACUU